AUGGGUAAAACAACCUCUAGUGACCUGAGACAACAAACUCUUUUGAGGAUCUCUAUCUCAACUGAAACCAAGUUCCGCCAAACUCCCACCCUCAGCACAAGUAUGAUUUGCUCUUUCACAACCAAUAUCAAGCCCAGCGCCGACAACCUAGUAAUCAGAGGCGCCAUCCGUCCCCAGCUCAAUGACCCAAGUUUGCUAUCAACAUGGUCUCAUCGUGCGUGGGUUGCAUGUGGCUUCACCAUGGUGCUAGUUUCUCUAACCAAGUCCAUAAUUGGUGUAGCCAAUUCACACAUAUGGCUCGAGCCCAUUUUAGCAGGCUUGAUGGGCUAUGUGUUGGCUGACCUUGGCUCCGGAAUUUACCACUGGGGUAUUGACAAUUACGGUAGUGCCUUAACCCCAAUUGUUGCCGCCCAAAUUGAGGCAUUUCAAGGUCACCACAAGUGGCCACGGACAAUAACCAGGCGUCAAUUUGCUAACAAUUUACAUGUUGUGGCUCGUGUUGUGACUUUUCAUGGUGCUUCCUAUAGACGUCGUUUGUGA